AUGUUAAGAUUCAUUUUUUACAUUUUAUUAAUAAUUUGUACAAAAGAUUAUAAAAAUAGUUCAAAUCAAAUUAAUUACAUCGGAUUUGGAACGGUGCAACCUGCUAUCAUUGAUGUACCAGAAGAGAGUACAGAAGGCGUAAGAUUUUCUUUUAGAGUACUUGCUUCAUCACUAACUAGAUUGGAUAAAAUUAUUGUUGCUAUAUUAAUAUGUUGGAUGUUCAUAUUAAUUAUAAAAAUAUUUAUAAUUGCUCUUUAUAAAAAUAAAGUUAAAAUUAAUUUUGAAGGUGUCAUUGAACAAGAUUCUGCAAUAUAA